UCUCUCUCUUCUCUUUGGUAUUCGCUUCAUCGCUUCGUAAUGAACAACAGCACCCCCUCCAAAAAAAAUGCUGCUCACACACUUUAGAUGCCAGAUUCGUUCUCCUGAAUGAAGAGAAAGGAAAAGGACGACGAAGUGAUGGUGGCGGUGGGGAGCCCCUAAGCACCCUUCAAUGAUUGCCGAGAGGCGCGGGGUAGAGGAAGCAAACUGAAAAAGCUCCCUCCCAAGCGUGGCAACUGUUCUUGAACCGAAGACUUUACAGGCGCUUGGAGCCAUGAUUGCGGGCUGUGUGCAGCCCAGGCGACGUUGUGUGCGUGUGUGUGCGUGCGUGCGGCUCGGAGUGUGCAUGUGAGUGCGUUGGUGUGUGUAUGGGGACUAGCAACCGCGACUGGCUCGAGCUCAGCGCCAGCAAUGCCGCCGCCGCCGCCGCCGCGCUUUCUUUUGCUAACAACAAUGUGGCAUUUUUGCCCUGGGGGGGAGGCUUCACAGCUCUCUUUUUUCCCCCCAUCCUAGUGGGAUUGCGCGUGAGAGUGUGCGUCUGCGUGUGCAUUGAAGAAGGAAAAAAAAGCGGAUCGGAGGAAGAGAGAAGUCCAAGAAUAAAAAUAAAUAAAUAUUUUUAAAAAAGAAGAAGAAAAGGACGGGGCAGUGAAACGGCAACCUCAGCGACGACAACAAGAACACAACAGGAGGGUGGCGGUGGGGAAUCAGCACAAGAGAAACUUAUGGAAGAAUGAAGGAGAUGGUGGGUGGUUGCUGCGUCUGUUCUGAUGAGCGGGGCUGGGCAGAAAACCCCCUGGUGUACUGUGAUGGACAUGGCUGUAACGUGGCGGUGCAUCAAGCAUGCUAUGGAAUUGUUCAGGUUCCCACUGGACCUUGGUUCUGCAGAAAAUGUGAAUCCCAAGAAAGAGCCGCCAGGGUGAGGUGUGAGCUGUGUCCUCAUAAAGAUGGAGCACUGAAGCGGACUGAUAAUGGAGGCUGGGCCCAUGUCGUAUGUGCUUUGUACAUCCCCGAGGUGCAAUUUGCAAAUGUUCUCACCAUGGAGCCAAUCGUCCUCCAGUAUGUGCCCCACGACCGGUUCAAUAAGACUUGCUAUAUCUGUGAAGAGCAGGGUCGAGAAAGCAAAGCGGCCUCUGGAGCAUGCAUGACCUGCAACCGUCAUGGCUGUCGGCAAGCCUUCCAUGUCACCUGUGCUCAGAUGGCUGGGCUCUUGUGUGAAGAAGAAGUAUUAGAAGUCGACAAUGUGAAAUACUGUGGAUACUGCAAGUACCAUUUCAAUAAAAUGAAGACAUCACGGCAUUCUGGAGGCAGUUCUUUCAUCACAGGGAGGAGGAGCCGGUCAGCAUCACCUGCACAAGAGAAGCAUGUGUCCCACCAUGAGAAACCAAAGAAGAGUCGGAAGGACAAAGAAAGGCCUAAACUGAAGCACAAGAAACGCUCAGAAUCACCCACCAGCCUCACAUUAUCCUCCACAACCAUUGUCACUGAGAAGCAGAGUUCCACUAACCACCACGAAAGCAGUAAAGAAACCUCAGAGGUCGUCCGGUCAGAGGUGAAAGGGAAGAAGUCUUCAAGCCAUGGCACAAGCCACAAGGCCAAGAAGUCCGGAAGUGGAAAAAGCUCAACGAGUUUUGGCUCAUCCUCUUCCAGUGGGACAUUCCCACCUGCAGGUACCUCAUGCAGCUCCUUGCCCUUCUCCCAGGACUUUGUAACCUUCCCAAAGCUUGAGCAACUGCCGCCUGAGGAAGAGAAAUACCGCAAGCCCGUCUCUUCAUCCUCCUCCUCUGCACACUGCUCCCCACUGUAUGAAGGGCAGAAGAGUGACGUCUUUGAGCAGAAGGUGAUCUUUUCAGGCUUUGGCUCCAUCAUGCGUUUCUCCACCUCAGCUGUCAGCCAACAGAGGGGUCGUGACACUUCCCCAGUAGACUACAAGGCCUCAAACUCAAGUGGUGGCCCCCCCGCAGGGAGUGGCAGUGGCAGUGGAAGCAGCCACAAGCGGAUGCCAUCUCUCAGCAUGGAGGAAGGAGAGGUCCUGAAGGAAAAAAAGCACAAGGCCAGUAAGAAAAGCAAACAUGGGCCAGGGAGGCCCAAAGGCAGCAAGAACAAGGAAGUCCUGGGUGCCCAACUGGUUGGGUCCACAGUCACCUCCUCUUCGCCUUUCUCUGGGGGGUCCCUGGUCAGCUCCAGCAUUGGUGGCUCCUCCCGGACUUUCAGCCAUGCUGCAACUCUUCCAAGCCUCAGUAUGGAGUCCCCACUCCUGGGGUCAGGGAUUUACACGAGCAACAAGGACCCCAUUUCGCAUGGUGGUGGGGUACUCAGGACCGUAUGCAGCACUCCCCUCUCUUCCAGCCUUCUGGCUCACCAAGGCACUGCAUCGCUUCCGCAGCUCACCCGCUCUCCCUUCGCUAGCACCAUCCCAACCUCCUCUUCUUCCUCCGUCUCUACUACCCAGGUGUUCUCACUAGCGGGACCUACAUUUAGUCUCCCUUCAUCGAACAUUUUUGGAAGCCCUCUUACUUCUGGACUGUCAGUCAACCCCCUUCUGAGCCAGUCAGAAACCAGCCGGACAGAACCAGAUUUGGAAGACUGUAAUUUUGCCUGCCGAGGCUCCUCACCCCAAGAAAGCCUCUCUUCCAUGUCCCCCAUCAGUACGCUCCCCACCCUCUUUGACCAGACUGUAUCGACUAGCAGUGGGCCGCUGGAGAACGUCCCUCAGGCCACACCGAACAUCGAGCAGCUCUUGGAGAAACAGGGCAAUGGAGAGGCUGGUGUCAACAUUGUAGAAAUGCUCAAGGCACUCCAUUCGCUGCAGAAAGAGAAUCAGCGUCUCCAGGAGCAGAUCAUGACGCUGGCUGCUAAAAAGGAACGCUUGCAGCUUCUGAAUGUUCAGCUCUCUGUCCCCUUCCCAGUGGUAACCACCAGCAAUGGGCCCUCGGGGCAGACCCAGUACAUCCUAGCCCCCAAUGUGUGCAACAGCGACUCUCUGAGCAUCAGCAAGAGCCCGCCCUGCAAGAACAGCUUUGGUAUCGAGAACUCCCUCUCCACAUCCUCUGAGGAUCCUCACUCUGGCUGCCCAAGCCGAAGCAGCUCUUCCCUCUCCUUCCACAGCACGCCUCCACCGCUGCCCCUUUUGCAACAGAGCCCUGCCUCCCUCCCACUAACCACUGGGCUACAGCAGCAGCCAACCCCACCAGUAAAUGGCUUGGCCAGGGCAAUGGGGACCAUCCAUGGGGGAGGCACCCCAGCCAAUCACAGCCUGGUGGAUGGUCUCCUCGGGAGCCUGGCAGGAAGUCAGCAGGUCCCCAUCAAUGGCAUCCUGGGUGGCCUGAAUGGAACAGUGGCCACCCAGGCACAGAAUCCCCUCUUGGCUCAAAGCAGUGCUCCCCAAAACCUGCAGCUCUCCACCAGCCAGAACAGCCUGCCCGGGAUGAGCCACCUGGCGGAGCAGCAGCGGCAGCUUCUUGGCCAGCAUGAGCUGCAGCUGCAGCAGCUGCAACAGCUCCUGACCUCGCAGCCGCUCAGCUCGGAGCAGCAGGCGUUAGUGUUCCAGAUGAUUCAACAGAUCCAGCAGAAAAGGGACCUGCAGCGGCUCCAGAUGACAGGCUCCUCUCAGUUGCCCAUGGCUGGCCUUGGGCCGGCAACCUCCUCCUCCCUCCUCCAUUCCAACAGUUCUGCCCCACCUGCUGCCAACAGCACCCUCCUGGCUUCUAUCUCCCCUCAGCAGCUUAACCCAGCUAGUUCCUUAAUGGCUUCUCCACCGCUCAGCACCCCUGGGAACAGCCUGAUGUCAGCCCCCGCUGGGGCAACUAUCCCGCCCGUCCUUACUGCACAAACCAACCCUUUCCUCAGCUUGCAGGGUGACAACGGCAGCCAGAAAGGAAUGAGCAUGAAUGAGAAGGGAGGUGCCCCAAUUCAGGACAAGGGCUAACGUUGGCAAUGCAAAGCUGCCAUAGGAAAACAGUCUCUCCCUGAGCCAUGGAUCCUGAAAUGUAGAGCAACUGCAUGCGAGGCUUCCCAGGAAAGCUUUCUUGCCACAGGCAGUGCGACACCAAGCAGAGGUGUGCCAGCAGUCUACAUUCCUUGGUUCUGAACCCGUCAUCCUGCACCCUUGCAAAGGAGGUGGAUGGAGCAAACACUCUUCGCCCACCCCCACAUUUCACUGGCGUUGUUUGUUAUGCCGCACUUAUUUCACGAGAAGAUGCACUUCAGGGGUGAAGGGGGAAGCAGUCUGCUGCUACCUAAGGAUGUCCCUUCAAGGGUAGGAUCUGCAAGCUGGACUAUGGCCACAUCACCUGGGCAGUAGGUGCAGGACAUUUCCAUACCAGGGCUAAGAAAUCUGUCAAGCUGUCGGACAGCUGGAAGGUCCAGCCACAGCAAAAGGGGAUGGGAUGGAGCGUUUGCAGUCUCCAGUACACAGGAGGGCAAGAGAAGCAUUGGAAGCGCCACAGGUGCAUAGAAAUGAAUGCUGCAUCCAAAGUUUCACUGCCAUGAGGUCUGCAGAUGGGAAAAUGGAUGUGGCUUCUGUGACUUUUACGGAGGAGUGAUCCUACUGGUAGAAGAAGCCAAUUUCAGCAUGGCCAAGAACAGUUACUUUUGCUCUCCCAAAUCUUAAAAGAUCGACCUGAAAGGAUCAGCCCCUGGCUUCCAUGCUUGAAUAAGACUGUUUUCUUCCUUGCCUUCUGGAGCCUUUGUGGGCAGCUGAUGGUUUAAAGGCCAUUACAAAGGGUGCUUCCAGCUGGCCAGCUCCUGGUAUUACCAAUUGAAAGUCGCUGAGCAGCUCUUCUACCUUUUGCACGUCCACCAAUUGUUUUUUGCAGUAAGAAAAGGAAUUGAGUGGAGGGAAAAUGUGGGAGGGGUACAAGUGGAAGAAGGUGGAGUCUGGACCCCCCCCCCCAAAAACUCCAUAAAUGAGCUAGGAGGAAUUGCACAAUAAAACCCUCAUCCGGAAGCGCCCAAAUAAUCUAUGUUCACUACUGAGAUGCUUUUCCUACCCCAUCAGAUCAGCUGCUCAAAAGCCGACACCAAAGAGGCAGGAUGGAGACUGUGUAAGGGCAGGAGCUGUUCCUUCCAACUCCAAAGCAGCUCCGUUCUGGUAAAGGACAUCUUCCAUCUCUAUCGAUGGACCUAAGCUAAAUCAGAUGCUAGCUGAGGAGAACGUUGAUUUUCACAUCAUUGUGAGCCCUCUCUUCUCUCUCUCUCUCUCUCUCUCUCUCUCUUUCUCUCUCUCUCUCUCUCUCAUAAUCAGAUGCCUCAGGGAAGGCACCAACACCCUUCUCCCUUUGAGCAGUUGUUUUUCUGUUUUGUUUUAUUUGGAAGGAUGUGGUGAGGCGGGGAAACAGGAAUCAAGGUCAAAUGCUCUAAGGAACCCCACCCAGCCCUGUUUUUGCUGGAUAACUCUGAAUCUCUGGGAGACCCUGACGCCCGGGGACUUUUCAUGCCUCCAUGGAGGGGACAGUCAUUUCAGGCACAUCCCCACCACCUCUUCCAAUUUGCACUAUUUUCAAACUUUGGUGGUGAGCAUGUGCUGACGACCCAAGGAAUGACCACUGCUAUUCAAAAUCUUUUCCCCUUCUUUUCUUAGUAUUCUUUUUGUUUUUUAUUUUUCUUUUUGGAAAGAAAAGUACCUGCCGCAUGGAUGCGCUGGACACAUAGAAGAAGAAGAAGAAGAAAAAAACAAAUGGAAGCAACUUUUUGGGAUUUCCUAAUUUGGUUUGUCCCUUUUGCUUUACCCAAACAGAUGCGCUUGGCUCCAGAUUUUUUGUAUGUAUGUAUGUAUGCGUGAGUGCGUGCGUGCGUGCCUGUUUGUGUGUCUUGUCUGUGAUGUUGUUUUUGUAAACUCUUUGUUUAGCAUAAAGCUACUGGAAACUGAUGAGAGCAACAGCUCUUCCAAAUGGAAGACAGGAAGGCUUCCCUUCACUGUGGUCAUGGCAGCUUUGGCACAAGUUAAGGAGCAGCUAGAUAAUGGAACGAUGCUUGACAUUUUCCCCUUCUCUUUAGCUAAGUGUUAAACUGAGAAAUAGAAAAUUCCAUCAACUUGAUGCACUUCCUUUUUAGACAGCAAAUUCACCUUUGAAAUGCACUCAGAACAGCUCUUCUGGCACAUUCUAGUUCAAUGUUGUCUUUCGCUAUCUUGGUGUAUUGUCUUACCCCCCCCCCCCCCCAUUCAUGGUUGCUUCCAGACAGAGGGCUUCUACCCAAAUUUUAUUCUGCAACAAUUCUUUGAUGUUUUCUGGAAAGAAAAGGGAUGGAAGAAGUGGUGGAAAUCUUUGGGAGGGUUGAUUACAAGUGGAAGGUACCAUUAUCUGGAGCCUCAAUUCUAACUCUAUGCUUGAGGUCAGGCAACUGCAGGAGGCAAGCCUUGUCUGGAAGCACCCCAAGUGCCAUUGGACAGAGCAGCCACUUGGUGAGGAAAGGGAAACAGGUGGGAGGGUGGACUAACUCUUCUCCCCUUGUUCUCCAUCCCAAACAACUGGUACUGUCUCCAAAUUUCUUUCACAGGCUAUGUGAAAGUAACUUGGGGAAAUAGAUGUGGGGGGGGGGGUGAUGAUUUUGGCAGUAUCUACAAAUUUCCUUGAUCAGCUGGGCUUGUGACCUUCUGUACUCCUAACUGAACUGGGGCAGGGGAUCUUUUGCUUCCCAACCACUCUCAAAUUUGCUUCCUGGAAUUGCAGGCUUGGCUUUUUAACGUCUCCCAUUCAUGAAAUGCAUGAUUUGCACACCUGUGCAGCCAUAGUCUCCUAGCUUAAGUUUGAUGCCUUCAGUGACUGGGAGUGAGGGAAAUAUAAGAUUCUAAAGUGACCAUAUUUCUCUAAAAGAAGGCAUAUGAAUGAACACACAAGUAAAAAUCAAAGGCCUGUGCAAGGGAACCAAUUGAUCCUUUAAAAGGUAGGGUGUCCCCCCCCCCCUUGCAGGGUGGGUGUAGGCUCUGUCAAUAGCAGAGGAGAGGCAGGGCAUGAGGGGGAGAGGCUUCUGUCCAGGUCUAUGUGGAGAGCUUGGUCCCCCUUCAGUGAAGGCAGAACAACACAUUGCAAGGGAAAUGUCUGGUUUGUGGCCAGGAGUUUCCUGUGCAAGUCUAAUAUGGAUUUGCAGAGAAUUAGUAGGCAGUAGUGGGUUGCACAUGUGGUCUUGCCCCCUUAUGGGUUGGGCUGAAUCCCACAUACCUUUUCACUCGAGGCUUGGGUACUAUAAUUUAACCUUGCUAUUGUCUUGCUGCCCCCUAACGGUUUCUAUGGGGAUAUUUUUUCCUCCUUUAAGCCUUUUCCCCACGUUUCUUGGCUGAAGGGUUACAGGCCUAAAGAGUGUGUCCACCAAACCAAGCACGGCCCACCUAGAAACAGGAAAACAGUAGGUUUCAUUAAGCGCCAGAUGGGCUGCCCACAAAUGGCUGCUUGGCUGGGCAGGGAGGGGAUAGGCCUGGAAAAAUCACACCUGAAGAAUGACUGCCUGUCAUUUGCAUUAUAUCAGUUGACCUUGAAAAGCUCUACAGAAUGAAUGACUCUUCAUUUGGGGCAGCAGAUAAAACUAGACAGGCUUUUUGAUAUCCUGGUGCUUUUCUUUACUCCUGUCCCUCUCCCACAGGGCUAGCAGGAGUGCUGGGGUUUAUCCAAGCACAUUCUUUGAGAAGUGCAACCUUUGUGGAAUCACACUGAACACAUUUUGUUUCAUGUAGAAUCUUCUCCCCAGGAUGGAGGGGAGAGACUUGUGUUUAGUGCCAAAACCAUCUGGAUGCUUUUCUGAUUGGCUGGGGUUCUGCCUCUCCUUUUCAGGAGUAGGUUUUUUUAAAAAAAUGCUUAAAAAUAGUAUGCAAUUUAUUUUAAAGGCACCAAGAAAACAUUAAAUUGGACAAACAUGCAAACUGCUUUUUAAAAAGAUAGUAGCAGGUGCAAGAACAUACCAGAAGUGCAGGGGGAUGUGCUGGGAGAGAGUAAUUGGUCAGUGUUUAAUGAACUGAUCACUCUGCCAAAAUAAUUUAGACAGGGGUGUAGGUGUGAUGAAGCCAGGCCUACCCCACAGGAAGAUAAACCAGGCUAACUUCCCUAUUUAAAAUCCAUUUCUACCCACCCUUUGUUUUGUGAAAUGUACAGCAUUGUUCAGUUUUCCUACAUUGCAUGACUUAUUGAGGUUACAGACUCAUGCUUAGCUGGACUGUUAGUAUCUAGGAAAAUCACACAUUUUGGAAGAGGUGGUUGAACCUUGCUCUCUGGUUUCACUUUUAUUUAGAUUAAUGUCAAUCUCAAGAUAUUCCUCUUGGAGUCUCAGCAGAGAAGGAUGUGGAGAUUAGGGAGUGAAGAGGGGUGGAGAAAAGAAGCACUUAUUUAUUUCUUGCAUCAUCCAAAGUCCCUCUCUCCUUUUUUAAUGUAUCAGCUCCAAUCUCCAUCUAGUCUCUGUUUUUACUGCAAUGUUUUCUCCUGUAAAUCUAGUCUGUUUUGGGCAUUACUUUCUAUUGAUAUGGAUCAAUGAGGUUUCUGUGUUUUUAUAUUAACGUCAAAAUGGUUAGGUUAGGGUUGCUCAGCAACUGGUGGAUCCUAGGCCCAAGUGGACCUACCAUUUGUCAAAGUUCACCCUCUUCUUUCCCCUUGCCAAAAAUAGUGAUCCAGAUGCAGCCCUGCCAUGAGUCAAGAUGCAGAUUUUGGAUGUCCUUAAUAAAGAGACAACCCUGAUUCCUGGGGACCAACUAGGACAUUGAAAUAAGCCAGAACUGCACGAAAGCGUACCUGCUCAUUACAAUGGCUUUGCAAAGGAUAACAUUCACUUGAAUGUGCCCUUUACUCAUUAGUGGAUGCCAGUUGGAUUUUCUUCAGGCUCAAAACUGCCUGACCACCCUGAAGUUUCUCAGCAAGCUUGGUUGUCAACAAGGAGUGAACCCACUUCUUUGGGGUCUCAUCCCCCCCCCCCCCACUUCUCUGAAUAUGUCCUUGAGAUGAACUGGCAAGGUUCCUUUCAAUAAUGUGUGAUUUUGUAAUGGAUGUUGUAGGGUGCAUGUUGAUCGGAGGGAAUGCAGUCAUCCAUUCGUUUGGCAGCCAGGCACAACAGCAUAAGCUCCUGCAACUGACGGGCUACUGCAGGGUGGAUAGCAAACUCAUUGGCACUUGUUUUAGUUUCCCCAUUGAAACAGUGUUACAGGUGAAGCUCCUACCUCUGCUGUGCACAGUGGCCCCUGAAAUAUCGAAGGGGCACUGAUUGCAGGCAUGGAUCAGACCGGUAGAAUUCAGCCUUAAAAACAUCAGAAGUAAGAGCCCACCAGAUCACACCAAGAACUCUUCUCUUGCAGGGAUUUGCUUCCAGAAGUUGCUAGAUGGAUGCCUCUAGAAAACUGACAUGCAGGCAGAAGUCGUCUUUCUGUUGUUCUUAAGCAGCCAUUAUUCAGAGGCAUCCUAAGUUCCAAGUAACUAAUAGCCAGAAAUGGCAAUGUUUAUCUAAACUCCUUUCAGAAAUUAGCACAGCUUGUGGCAGCUAACUUUCUGGGUUAGGUAUGGGUUGUGUGAAGAAGUACUUAGAUGGUCCUGAAACUGCUGCCCAUUUGGUGACCUGAUUGGUUCAUCACAAGGAGCCAAGAAUCUGGGUUUAUUAAGCCUGGUAAAGCAUGGAUAAGAAUGUAAGGAGAAACCUUUUUGAUCAGAUUAAAGGCCCAUGUUGUGCAGCACCCUCUUUGCACAGUGGACAACCAGAUGUCUGUGUGAAGUCCGCACGUAGCACCUAAAGGCCACAGCACUCCCCUCCUCCCAGUCACGCACACAAGCAAAUGGUGACGGCCUGCUUCCCUGAUCCUGGACUAGUCCUUGAUAAUCACUCCUCUUCCAUGCACUUGUCUAAUCCUCCCUUAAGGUCAUCCAGGUUGGUGGUGAUCACUGUAUUUUGUGGUAGCAAAUUCCCUGGUUUAACAGUGGGAUGUUUGAAGGAGUACCUUUUCUUUUACCUGUCCUAAAUAUUCCAUCCAGUUUUACAGGGUCACAAAAAGUUUUGCAUGACGAGAAAUAACUCCCUAUCCCGUUUUUCUAUUCCAUGGUAUAAUUUGAUACUCCCCCUUGAUAUCCUCCCUCCCUCACUUUUUUUCUUAAGCUGAGUGUAGGCAUACGACACCCUUGGUUUUAAGCAUGAGUAGACAAGCUCCACUGGAUUUACUGUGGCAGCAAUGGCUUGCCACUAAAUUCGCGUAGCAAAUCACAACAGUUGCCUUAAAAGGCCACAUUUAAUAUCUAAGAUAUUUUUGUGCCGCUGCUUGUUGUUUUGCUGCUGCCACAACCAAAUUUGGCAGUGUAUGGUGGCAGUGAAGUGGUUCCCAGUGGCUUCUGGAGGUUCAAACUAGCUCCCUUUAGCCCUGGUCUAGUAUCAAACAUUGUGAUUUUUCCUCCCACCUCCCUGAUUAUUUUGGUUGUCCUUUUCUAGCUCUUGUAACAGGGCCUCAGUCUGCAGCAGUGCUCCUUCUCUCCUUUCUCCUUGCCUUGCUGUUUCCUGUGCUCUCCCACCCUCUAGCCUUGCUAUUUCUCUCCUCAGAGCCAUCAUGUGACUAGACACCUCAUGGAAGCAAGCCCUUUUGUGGUGGCACCCACACCAGUUUCUCAGAUGUGCCCACAGGUACAAAAAAGUUGGAAACUUCUGCUCUACAGUAUCUUUUCGCAAUGCUGCGACUGGAUCAUAAGCGCCUUUAAACCAUAUUUUUUAUCCUGGCUUUUUUUUUCCUUGGUCCAGUAAGCCACCAUUACAGGUUCCAGUAUCACAUUGAGCUAACCACGUCUGGUUUGUUUACCUGCUCACUGGAGUGGCAGGAUCAAACCAGGAAUGUGUAGUCUGCAUGCGAGGACACACAGCUUGUUCGCAUCGUGGUUAAUAAGGCAGGAUUCUCACUUACCAUUGUGUGCAAAUGCAUCCAGUGUCCUUGAGUUAUGAGAGGACAAAAAACUGUCUUGUUCAACAUCCAUAAUGUUCCUAAAGGAUGAACUUCUCCCAUUACUACUACCAUUUUCCUGAUUUAAAUAACCCCAUCACCACAGCAGUUAUUUUCUCUGUUAUAUUAAGCAUAUAACUACAGUUUUGCCUCCCCUGCAGGUGUAAAUAAUAGCUUAGGGAUAAUUAUGCAGUGCAGUCGUAAUCAAUUCAGUGGGUUUUCUUUCCAGAUAAUGUAUAAGAUUACAGCUUUAAAUCAGGGAAAGGGUACACACAGGGGCCUUAGCACUACCAUCCUGAUCUAAUCCAAUACGCACAUACACGUGAGCUGUUUUUUAAAGGAAAGUUAAAAGGAGAUGAAAAAUUUGGUCUAGGAACUCCAGCAUCGUCUUUGGCCAUUACACAUCUUGAAGCAAUUGGGGAUGUAAAGCCUGGAAAGGAGGCUAUUAGGAAGGGAUAUGAUAGCAAACCUUGAAUAUUUGAAGGGCUCCCUCAUUGAGGAUUGAGUUACUACAGAAGCUGGGACCUAAAGAAAUGGGUUCAAGAUACAGGAAAAGAGGAUUUAGACAGUGUGGCAGUGGAAAAGACUGUCUUGAAAGCUGGUGAGCUUGCCUUGGUUACAGCAGGAGUUAGAUGGCCCAUAGGACUAUGAGGGUUUCCUGCAAUGGUCAAAUCUUUUACUAGGUGACUUCAGAGAUCCCGCUAGCUCUGUGAAUUAAAACGCUUUAGCCUGUCCUUGUUGGAAAGGUGUUCCGAGCCCCUUGAUCAUUUUGAUAGUUCUUUCUGCACCUUUUCCAGCUGAAGCACCUCUCCAACAAAUGCCAGAAUGAAGCCAACCUCAUUCUAACCAUCAGAAAGUGAGCACAGGGUUCAUGAUCCAUGGUAGAAAGUCAUGUUUAAAGCAGACUGGGAAUGGGCUGUGAAAAAGCCCUGGGGCAGAGCACCAACAACUCUUUCUUGGCAGGAAGAGAACAAAAAUAAAAACUGAAAAAAGACUAUGUUCUACGUUUGGUUGCACUGGGGUAUACUUCUUUACCCAUCUUUUGAUGCUGAUAUUUCAUUUUAGUACAUUGCCUGUGUCUAACACCCCUCCCCCCUCAGUUGUUGUAAUUUUUAAUUAUAUAAGAGGAAAAGAUGUGUAUAUUUUUGGCAAUUAAGGUAAUGUAGUUAAGAUAUAUUUUUUUCAUGCUGCUUGACUGUUCUUUAUUGUAAUAAAUAAUAUUAAUAUCAAAGACUUUUUAAAAAACAACCACAGUAAAAUAAUAAAACCGUG